AUGACGUGCCCGUUUUUCACAAAAUGGAGGAAUAUAAGAAAAAAUCGAAAAGACGAUGAUGAUGAUGCUGAUGAUUAUGAAGAUUUCGAUGACUACUCGCUCGAAUGCAGUGGACCAAUCACACCGUCGGACUAUCGUCGUGACGAUCGCUCGUUUCCGUAUCUCGACUGGCGAUACUUCUGUUGCGCCACAAAUUGUCGAGAGUUCAAAAAAUCGGCAGAAAUGAACGGACUACGUUGCUGUGCGCCAUGUAAACCAAGGUAUCGUCGAUUAGUGGAUUCGAUUUAUCCAAGAGCGGUAACGGAUGGUCUUAUUCAUGCGAAUAUGCAAAAAUUGACAUUUUAUGCAAUAUCACAUCCAGAAAAGCUUGAAAGAAUCGGCGAAUACCUUGUUAUGCGAAUGGGAAGAGAUCUGAGUCGGCAACGAUACGUUCAAGUCAAAAUAGCUGUGGAAGCCAUGGAUCAGUUGCUUCAAGCUUGUCAUAGCUCGCCGAGUUUGCCUCAAUUCAGUGAAAAUCAUUUGAAAAUGGUGCAGAAGUUGCUUGAAAGCGGUAAUCCCAAAAUGGAGCAACUCGCUACUGAUUCAUUUGUCACAUUCUCCAACAUCGAAGAAAGUUCACCAUCGUACCAUCGGCAAUACGACUUUUUCAUCUCGAAGUUUUCGCAAAUGUGUCAUGCUAACUCGCAAACACAAUACGGCGAUGAUUAUAGAAAAAUUCGAUGUGCUGGAUUAAGAGGACUUCGAGGAGUUGUAUGGAAAUCGGUGACGGACGAUUUGCAUCCAAAUAUUUGGGAACAACAACACAUGGAUAAAAUUGUGCCGUCUGUGCUUUAUAAUCUUCAUGAACCAGAUGAAACGGGAAAAGAGUUUUCAACCUCAAAUCUUCCCAAAUUUGAUGCAUCAUCAUUUGCCGAUGCUGCGCAAUUGUCUCAUCGCGAAGAAAAUGAAGCAACUCCCCGAGUUUUAUCAGAUCGCUGCCUUCGUGAACUAAUGGGAAAAGCCUCGUUUGGUUCCUUACGGGCGGUAAUUGAACCAGUUCUACGGCACAUGGACCUGCAUAAGCAAUGGACUCCUCCACCAUUAUUUGCAAUUCAUGUUUUCCGUGCCAUUAUUUACAGCAUUCAAAGUCAGAAUAGCUACUUUGUCAUCCAGGAAUUAAUUAAUCACUUGGAUAGCAUGUGUAGUGCGGAUGCUUCGAUCAGAAUUGGAAUUGCGAGUGUUCUUUCAAGUAUUGUCUCAAUUGCGGGAACAUCAAUUGGUCCUCUUCUUCUUUCGAUUUUCAAUUCGCUCUUGAAACAUCUUCGAACUUCUGUUGAUUUUGAGCGAAGUGGAAAAUGCAAAGAUACGAUAGCUGAGCAGCAGUACCAAGAAGCCUUGAUCAAUGCAAUGGGCGAUUUUGCGAACGCACUUCCUGAUUAUCAGAAGGUUGAAAUGAUGAUGUUCACUGUUGGAAAUAUUCCAAACUUGGAUGAGCGAAAGGCAAAGCAGGGCGAUGAAUUUCUCCAGCACGUUCUUGUCAGAACACUUCUGAAAGUGGCUACAAAAUACCGAACUGCGUAUUUAGCAACUGUGUUCACUGACUCGUUCCUCGAUACAUUGCUCUUAUUGGCUUUAGUUCGAGAUCCACAAGUUCGUCUUGAAACUCAACACAUCUUCCAUACACUUUUGGACAGACACGACAAUGUUUCGAAUCUGGUGCAUCUUGGAUACGAACUGGAUGUUGCUGAUGUUCAACUGACGGUUGAAAAAUGCUCGCGAGCUGACCAAAUGUUCAUGCGAAAACAUAUUGCUGAUAUCUCGCUGAUGCUUUAUAAGGCUGCUGCAGUCGCCGAUGAAAGUGACAUUCAAACACAUAUUGACGCAAUUUUAUGCACAAUGAGUUUAUUGUGUAUUGAAGUCGGAUUCGACGAGACGCUAAUUGAGCUUUUCCGAUUGUGUCUGGCCCUGCAAAAUAUGGCAUUAGACAAAUCGCUGAACUUUGGAAAUCAGAAAAGAAUUGAAAUACACAACAUGGUGGCAAAGUAUUUAAAUUUGUCAGCGCAAUUAAUGGCAAAUCCUUCACUCUGCCAACAUGUUCAACAAGUUGUUUCUGCUCGAGCACAACGUGGCGUUUCUGGAUUGAAUUUGUUGAAAAAAGACCCACUCGCCAACGAAACCCCAACUGAAAUCGUUCAUUCUUCGUCGGGAAACGCAUUAUCGCACAAAAUAGUGGAAGUUGAAGAUCUCGAAAAUGAUAGAGGAUUAUUGUUUAGUAUUGAUGAUAUUGCCGAAUCAUUGAAGGCGUCUGGUAAAGAUGUUGCUCGCUUAUUUGUUCCUUUCGGAACAUCACAAACGAAGAACACUGGAGAUUCCGAACAGCGCACAGAUGUUGAUACGACCGACGGCCGAUCAUCUCCGAGAACUGCUGGAAUUGAUGACAUUUCAGUGGAUAUGUCUGUUGAUUGGACUCCGCCGGCAAGCAAGAAAGGAAGUCGAAGGAAUACGAUAUUCUCAUUAAAUAAUGUUACAAAACUAAACUCGGUCGGCCUCCCGGCCAAUAUUGAUUCAUUGAAAUCAUACGCUAAUCAGCCUUUCGAUCCAAUCGAAGAAGAUAAAAAAGAAAAGGCGCUAACGGAGUCUGUGCUCUCCGAAAUUCGAAAUGUGUCGUUUGAUGAACGCGUUACUUCAACAGAAGAACGAAAUGAAACGAGCGACUUGUCUCGUUCAAUCGGUCGAUUAUUGGCAAGGAAUGCGGAUACUGUUCGAGUCCGCGACAUCGGAAGACCGAUGAAGCCGAAAAAUGUGUUCGAGAUUGAGCUACCAUCAUUCGCAUAUUAA